AUGAAGUUCAGUGCUGCUUUCAGUCUUUCUAUCUUAGCCGGGUUUGUCGCCGCUGCAAAGCCAGCUCAGACGUGUCCUUCGCUUGAGGUACGCAGGGAAUGGCGCACUUUCAGCAAGGCAGAACGCAAAGGAUGGAUCGACGCCGUCAACUGCUUGAACAAAAAGCCUCGCACCGGCAAGCUUCGUCUUCCGGUUGAUACCGAAAGCUAUUCGGAGCCCCAGUUUCACAUCGCACCUCUCAACGAGAGCUCUACCUAUUAUGAUGACCUAGUUUACAUACACAUGAACCUCAAUCCCAUUAUCCAUUGGACCGGACUAUUUUUACCAUGGCACCGUGCUUACCUACAUGAAUGGACCAACAUCCUCCGGAGGGAGUGUAACUAUAAAGGAGUAGUGCCUUAUUGGGCAUGGGAGAAAGACUCAGAUGACUUCUUGGGAAGCUCAAUCUGGGACAAUGACACUGAGUCAGGACUUGGAGGGUUUAGUGACGAUGCCAGCGACGAUUAUACCGUUCAUACCGGGGCACUCGAUAUCCAAGUUGCAUACCCUGUUCCUCACAAGCUCCGCCGCCACUACACUCCCUUCCCUUUCGGUCCAGACCGUCCGGCGACUUCAACUUUCACUCCCGCUGAAGUAGAGAAGCUCCUCAGUCAGCCAACAGGUAACUUUACUCUGUUCCAUGGCUACCUCGAGCAGAUUGUUGGAAUGCACAGCGCUAUUCAUGUCAUGAUGGGAGGAGACAUGGGGACCGUCUGUCCUGCAGGUACUGGUGGAACUCGCAACUGUCCCGUGGAGAUAACUGCGACCUUUUCAGCUAACGAGCCCAUGUUCCAUCUGCACCAUGGAAAUGUCGAUCGCCUCUGGUGGCUCUGGCAAGAGAAAGCCGCCGCAAACAAGUAUGCUUUCCAUGGCGGGUCCAUUCAGAACACAACUUCCUUGAACGAAUUCCCCAAUGGCCAGCCCCCGUGGUUGGAGAAGACUGCGGUUCUUCCUGGAGGCGGUUUGUGGCCCGAUUAUACCAUUGAGCAAACCUUUGAUACUCGCAGCUGGCCUUGGUGCUAUGUCUACGAGUGA